AACAAAACUAAUACAGAGUACUUCUCCUCUUCUAGAAUACGUUUGGAAGCCAGAGCAACUUGGUUUUUCAACCAUCCGUUCCAGAAGUUGGAACAUUAGAACUAAAUUCACAUACUCAAUGAAAUUUUGGUUUCAGAAUUUUUUAAUCUCUUCCUUCUCUGAAUUUAUUAUAAAUGGAGUUUCCAAUGGGUUUCUCAUCUUUUUCACACAGCCUGGUCAAGAAUUUUGAAGAUCCUGCUGUUUUUGCAAAUAACAAAUGGACUCAGUUGACCACUUGUUCUUUAAGUGUCAACUUCACUCUGGAGGUUUGGCAGCAUGUUAGACAUUGGUUGAAGAUUAGGAAAAAUACAUCUACCGUUCUUAGCACUGUCAAAUUAUGUAUCAAGGAGUAUGGGGGAAUGAUGAUAACGAGUAAGACUAUUCUGUUAGCCUUUUGCUGUACAGUUUAUGUUGUUUGGAAAACUAGAAACCAAAUCAUUUUUUCCCAAAAGGUGAUUUCAGUCAAGGAUGUGUUUCUGGAGAUCGAAGGACUUGUGUACAAGGUGCUUCUUAGGCUUUAUCCCUCUAACCACAUUGAUUUUUGAAGAUUGAAAUUUGGACGUAGUUCUUUAAAGGUUUCUGAUGCUUUAGUACUGUUUUGUUUGUUAUACUGUGUUGUUGAUAAUUGAUAUGGGUAUGCCCCUCCCCCUUAUGUUCAUGUACUUAGCAUUUUUGGCAUUUUUAAUAUAUUUACCAUUCAUAAAAAAAGAAUUGUCAUU